CCGCCCCCGCCCCCGUAACCCCCCACGUAACAACUGACCUUUAACUUACAAGACUUUCUAUACUGGCCGAUAUCGAUCCCUUUUAACCCUACAUAAUUUCCACGACAGCUCCCCUAUCGCACCAUGUUCUGGUGCCAACAACAGCAGCAUCCCUCGCAAUCAUGAACCAAGGGAAAUCACACUCAGGAAGAAGCCGCAUACGAUCCGUUGAAGAUCGCUUCCAUAAAGAUGGUGGCGAAGCACUCAAACCGAUGCCUAUAACGCUGAUUGAUCAUACGAUCACACCGAGUGAGAACAGUCCUUCGCUAUGGGCCAGAAGUGCGAAAGUUGUCGACUAUGUUAUCGUUGCUGGGAGUAGGACAAGAGCGGGGGCUUAUGUUGCGUGGAACUGCUCGAUAGAGACUUUUGAGGGGGUCCAAUUCACAGUUCGCAAAAGAUACUCGGAAUUUGUAACCCUAAGGGACAUGCUGCGGGAGACCUUUCCAAGAUCUCUGGCUUCGUUACCCACUUUGCCGCCAAAGAGUGUUGUUUCAAAAUUCCGGCCAAAAUUCCUCGAAGUACGGCGUCAGGGAUUGUCGUACUUUUUGUCGUGCAUCCUCCUGAAUCCUGAGUUCGCUGGUUCGCCUCUCGUGAAGGAUUUUUUGUUUAGCACCGACGACGACUAGAGAAAAAAAAUCCUGCACUUCUACCGUAUACGGUUUCCGCCUUUCUUUAUAAUAUCUCCCUUCUCUUUGAGCACUUUGGCUUUUUCAACCCCAAGUUACCCUUGCAGUCCCAGUUCACCAGACAGUUUUUAUUUUGUUAAUGAUAUAUUUUAUUUACUCUUCAAUUCCCGAUAAUGUUUUUCCAUGUAUCAUAGAUGUUGCGGCUUUCUCGGUCUGCGGGUGCCGUAUUCGUACGGCACUAUUGUACUGGUACCGUACCGGUGGCGUGCUGUGGGAUUGCUACCAAAUUCCCCCCCUCUCUCUCUCUUUGGCGUCGAUGCUUGUAAAAAUUCUCGUGGUUGGCUAGAAAACGGAGUCGUCGGCUGAGAAUCGGAGGGUUGUAUGAUAUGAGCUCUCAGGAGUGAACCAAAUUGAAACAACUGUUCUAUGUUUUUACCAUCUAGCAUAGAGGCAUAGAAGGGCAUUUAUAUUGUCUUCUCUCCUUCUUUCGCCUAGAUAAUUAUUUCUACGGAGAGCGCAGGAGAUAAACCGCGCCUCUCGGUUGCUGCAACUUUUAGGGGUGUCUUGAAAGGAAAAGAGCCCCCCCGGGGUUCUCUAAAGACCCCGAAGAGUCGCAAUAGCCAUAACUACAGAAGUUUAGCAACAACUCUGGACCGAGUGUUGCAAAUACUGUAUUUGCCUUCGGCCCUUUUCCUCAGAAGGACGAACCCUCAUAUGAUCCGUUCUUUUCGCGCGUAGCCCUGAAAGGAAGGAAAAAUCUUUACAUUGACUGGAUAUAGGAGAAUAUGAAAUCCCCCCCUAACAAUGAAGCGAAAGGUCCCCCACAUCAUCCUU